ACAGUGCGUAUUCUCUUACCGUUAAUGUGGGAGUUGCUGUUACCAGUUAGUUGUGUGAUUUAACGCUGGCUUUAUAUCGUUAUUUCCGUUAUGAGGCUAAUGAUAACAACACUCCGCCUUCUCUGUUUUAUCCUGCGUUUUCCCGAUGCCCGCGAACCUAACGUGCGGAGGUUUCGACCCACAGUGAUGACGUAGGCAGCACAGUUUCCCAUCAUGGCUAUUACAGCAAAUAGCAAGUACUGAGGAGGGAGAAAGUCAUCCGGAGAGCGGCCUACAAUCUCGGACUAACGUAACUCCCGAUGUACAUGAGAUAUUUUUCCAGGCUAUUGACAGCGAUGGCUGGACCCAGGCCCGUGGUGUUCAGCGGCCCGUCCGGGGCAGGGAAGAGCACUCUGUUGAAGAAGCUCUUGAAGGAAUACGACAGUGUCUUUGGCUUCAGCGUUUCCCAUACAACCAGAAACCCUCGGCCCGGAGAGGAGGAUGGAAAAGAUUACCAUUACGUCACACGGGAGGUGAUGCGGACGGGGAUCGAAAAGGGCGAUUUCAUAGAGAGCGCCGAGUUCUCGGGCAACAUGUACGGGACCAGCAAGGCCGCCGUGCAGGACGUGCAGGCCAAGAACCUCAUCUGCAUCCUGGACGUGGACAUGCAGGGCGUGAAGAACAUCAAGGCCACGGACCUCCGUCCCAUCUACGUCUCCAUCCAGCCCCCGUCCAUCGGCGUCCUGGAAAAACGUUUAAGGGACAGAAAGACCGAGUCGGAGGAGAGCCUGCAGAAGCGUUUAAAAGCAGCCAAGGAGGACAUGGAGUUCAGUAAAGAACCUGGAAUGUUUGAUUUCCUAAUCAUCAAUGAUAAAUUGGAGGACGCCUACGGGGAGUUGAAGCAGGCUCUUCUCGAGGAAAUCACUAAGGUCAAGAAGGUGAACAUGUCCUCGUAGGGGCCCGAGGCGUCCUGAGACCCUUUUUUGUUCCUGACCAUCCACUCCUCAAAAAAAAGUGCCCCCCCCCCCGCCCCCCCAAGACCUCCAGUCGUGAACAUUCCCUCAGAUGUUGGUCUGUGGAACUCCAACAAACAUCCCCGAGCGGGGACACAAAUAAAGCAGGUUUUUUAUAAGGUAUCUAGAGCAGUUACUAACUAAAUUAUAUCUGAGUCUUUUUUAUAUAUAUAUAUAUAUAUUUAUUUUCGUGAGCGGAAACUUCCCACAUAGUUAUUUUCCCUCGUAUGAACAGAAGUUGCUCCGAUGAUGCUUACUUAAUGUGCUCCUGGUGUAUGUGGUGAACAGAGAUAGAAAAUGCGGCUUAAAACCACACAUUGUAAAUUGUCACUUAAAAAAUGCCUUUUUUUUUUUCCCCAACCAAUUUUCAUUUUACUUUUACAAUUGUAAAUUUGAAAAACUUCAUCAUUCUGCAGCUUCACCUCUACAGUAAAAUGAAAAUGUUCUUCUCAUUUAUUUGAAGACCUCGUAGCCACUUUUAGCUUCUGGAAUGUGUGGCAGCAGCAGGAUUGUAAAAAGUUUGUCCAAUUGUUUCACUAACUGCCUGUUACUGACCACUCAAGCUUUUUAUUAUAACACUUCUUUACAGCACAUUAAUAUAACGUACCAUGUAAUCUCCUUUUCCGUACUUGGUCUUUCAAGGCGAUUUUUAGACAGCAUUUUUUUUUUUUUUAAGCAUUUGUGUGUUUACAUGUAAGCAUUGUGAAAGAAACAGUCAAUACUUAAUUG